AAUAGCAACAGCAGCAGAGUAGCAUAUAAGCAGCGACCUGUAUACAAGUAUAAGCCACAGCUUCGAGACACGAUCUCAAGAGAUAUCGACAACCAUCCGUAUCAAGAAGCUACAUACGUUGUAUCUACUUCAAAAUGAUGACCGAAUCACAUAUAAAUUCCAACCAUGUAUUAAAUUCUGGUCUUGGUAUAAAAACAGAUUUAGAAAAAAUGGAUGAUGUAGGUUGGAAGGCUAAACUUAAAAUCCCACCAAAGGAUAAGCGUAUAAAGACAAGUGAUGUCACAGAUACUCGAGGAAAUGAAUUUGAGGAGUUUUGUCUAAAACGUGAACUUCUUAUGGGGAUUUUUGAGAAAGGUUGGGAGAAACCAUCACCUAUUCAGGAGGCCAGUAUUCCAAUUGCACUUUCUGGUAAAGAUGUUUUGGCACGUGCCAAAAAUGGAACAGGCAAAACUGGAGCAUAUUCGAUUCCUGUUCUUGAACAGGUUGAUCCAAAAAAAGAUGUAAUUCAAGCAUUGAUUAUUGUGCCUACUAGAGAAUUGGCACUGCAGACAUCACAAAUUUUGAUCGAGCUUGCAAAGCACAUGGAUGUAAAAGUAAUGGUUACCACUGGUGGUACUAAUUUGCGUGAUGAUAUCAUGAGGAUUUAUCAAAAAGUGCAAGCCAUAAUAGCAACACCAGGAAGAAUUCUAGAUCUUAUGGAUAAAAAUGUUGCUAAUAUGGAUCAUUGCAGAAUUUUGGUUUUAGAUGAGGCUGAUAAGCUUCUUUCACAAGAUUUCAAAGGAAUGUUAGAUCAUGUUAUUUCCAGAUUGCCACAAGAACGUCAAAUAUUGUUGUAUUCAGCAACUUUUCCACUGACGGUAAAACAAUUCAUGGAAAAACAUUUAAGAGAUCCCUAUGAAAUAAAUUUAAUGGAAGAACUAACAUUAAAAGGUGUAACUCAAUAUUAUGCUUUUGUACAAGAGCGUCAGAAAGUCCACUGUCUGAAUACAUUAUUUUCAAAGUUACAAAUUAAUCAAAGCAUUAUAUUCUGUAAUACAACUCAGCGUGUUGAAUUACUAGCAAAGAAAAUCACAGAUUUGGGAUAUUGCUGUUAUUAUAUACACGCUAAAAUGGCUCAAGCACACAGAAAUCGCGUGUUUCACGACUUUCGUGCUGGACUUUGCCGAAAUCUGGUUUGUAGUGAUUUAUUUACACGUGGUAUUGACGUUCAAGCAGUGAACGUUGUAAUCAACUUUGACUUUCCAAAAAUGGCAGAAACAUAUUUACAUCGUAUUGGUCGUUCAGGAAGGUUCGGCCAUUUAGGUAUUGCAAUUAAUUUAAUUACAUAUGAAGAUCGUUUCAAUUUACAUCGUAUUGAACAUGAGCUUGGAACUGAAAUCAAACCAAUUCCAAAAGUGAUAGAUCCAAGUUUAUAUGUAGCAAGACCAGAUGACAAUAAUAGUUUGGAAGAGGGUAAUGUGUCUAAGUAGUUUUAAAUUGAAAUCAAAUAGAGUUUCAUAAUCGCUCAAAGCCAAUGUAAAAGUGUAUGAUGUGAUUGUGAUAGAAGAAAUAUGAAAGCCCAUGCUUUUAUGCAUAGAACUUUUUGAAAAGUGAAAAGAAAACUUAUUGUGUUACUUAACUUGUGAAGGAUAAUCGAAAAAAUGUAAAUGUAUGUUUUUUGGAGUGUAGAAAGGAAAAACAUAGAAAAACAAUGUCUGUCAGUGCUACAAAUUAUAAACUAUUUGAAUAGACAUUUUGCGUAGAAAAAGAAAAUGCAAAAUCAUGGAGAACACUUAUAGUCGUAACAAGCAAAGAAAAAAAGUUACUUGUAUAUACGGUAUUACUGAGCAUGAAAAUAAUCAUUCGCUUUGCACUUGGUAAACUCAGUGACGAAGUGAUUGGAGUGCCAGUGCGAGUCAUUCUUUGUAUAUAAAUACAUUUAAAUGUA